AAUAAGACUCAUUACAUGGCGCAAUAGAGUUUUGAGUGAGCAGUGCACUUGCGGAGGGGGCUAUCAAUGCUGCAGGUAGAGAAUGAGCAGACGACGCUCGAUAACUUGACCCACGGGCCACGAAGAUGCAGUGACACUGUAAACUUGCACGUUAGCGACAAAUUUGAAACUCUCGAAGGGAACGCGUAAUUUGAAGAUUUGCCAUGCGGCAGAAAGUGUCAUCUCGAUUGCAGAGAAAACCUCAAUGUUUACAAUUUGCUCGGCAUGCGAGUGAGCUGAUUGUGCGAAAGUGAACGUGUCGUUUCUCGCUAAAUGAACAUUGAAAAAAAGUAAUUCGUUGAUAUCAUUGAUGGUUUUUCGAUUAAUUUGAAUAAUCAUGAAUUUCGUGGAUUUGGAGAUUCGUAAAGCCGAGCCCGAGGACUGCAUAAAAAUACGAGAGCUCAUUCAAGAAUUGGCUGAUUACGAACAAAUGCCCAACGGUCCCAAGAUAGAUUAUAAAACUCUGCAACGAGAUGGCUUUGGAAGCAAGAAACCCCUUUACGAGUGUUACGUGGCUGUUGUAUUCGGUGAAAUUGUUGGAUAUGCUUUGUAUUUUUGGAUUUAUUACUCAUUGGGUAGAAAAGCCCUGCAUUUAGAGGAUCUCUACGUUACCCCGUUUCAUCGACUCAAAAAUAUCGGAAGCAAAUUAUUUUCAGCAGUUGCUAAGAAAAAUUUCAAUGAAAACGGCCAAUUUCUGGAUUUCUCAGUUCUCAGCUGGAAUCCAGCUGAAACAUUUUACCUAUCCAAAGGUUCGAAAGAUUUAACUAAAGAUGAGGAUUGGCAAAUGUAUAGAUUUGAUCGUGCAACUUUACAAGCGUUGGCGGAAAAUACUGCCGAUUCAGAGUACGUUGCUACAGAAAUUGGAAAUUUCAAUGCGAUAGAGCAGUUGGCUAAGGAAGCUUUACCACACACAAGAUCCAAGUACGAAGUAAAAAAAUUGAAAUCGGUCUCGGACACGGAAGGAUCCAACAGCUCCGGAGCCGGAUGUCUGGCAGUUUUUUCAGGCAAUGGAGAGGUCGUCGCUUAUGCUCUGUACUGUUACGCGUACUCGACUUGGGAGGGAAAGUCGAUGUACCUUCAAGAGUUCCCUCAAUGGAACGUCGGCGACCGAAUCAGACUCUGCUUGCUUCGUGCACUAGCGAAGAAAGCCUGUGACGACGGAUGCUCGAGGAUAGAUUUUUGGAAAAAACAUCAGCUCGAAGAUUUACUUCUUUUCUCGUCUCACGGUGCAAAAAAUUUAACUCACAGCGAGAUGUGGCAUUUGUAUCGAUUGUUCGAAUUAAUCUGCGCCGUGCUAAACGAGAUAUAUACUUAUUAUAUACAAAAUACAGAGAGAGAUAUGGACGGCGUGACGAUUCGCGAAGCUAGACGAGAGGACUGCCGGGCGAUCAUCGAUUUGUCCAGGGAGAUCGCCGAUUUUCACAAGCAUUACAACAGUCCGCAGAUCGAUCCCAAAGUUUUGGAGAGAGACCUGUUCGACGCGGCCAAUCCGAACAUGGGCUUCUACGUGGCCAGCGAGGACAAAAGCGAUCGAGUGAUCGGCUACGGUCAUUAUUUUUACACGUACACGCUGAGGCUCGGCCGGUGCAUGUGCCUGCAAGAUCUCUACGUGCAGGAGGCUUUUCGCAACCUGCGCGUCGGCGAUAAACUGAUGAAGGCUAUCAGCCAAAAAGCCGUCGAGCAGAGCAUUGGCAAGAUGGAAUUUGUCGUUACCGAUUGGAAUCCGGCGAAGAACUUUUACAAGAAGAGGGGCGCAGUGGAUUACACGGAAAAGGAGACGUUUCACGUUUAUCAAUUCGAUAGGAAGGCCAUCGAAAAAAUGGCAUCGAGCCCUUGAAUAUCCGAUGCGACGGACUAAAUUUCUCGGAUGAAUUGUGCUUCGUAUACGUGGAUGACGAUCUCUACGUUACGAUGGAAAUAUAAUUAAUUAUUCGGAUGAUUAUGAUAAUUGCAGGAGUACCGAUUAACGAUCGGCUUGCUCGAAGUAGUUUUUUGAUUACGUCAAUUAGUGAUUCUUACUAGCAACAAGUGGAGCGAAUAUUGGAGAUUAUGUUACUUGAUAAUGUGUAGUUUGCCAAUGAUUUACAAUGAUUCCAUUGGAAAAUUUUUUGACAAAAUAUAGUGGUAGUGACUGAUACCGACGGAUGCCUUUGAAGGGAAAUUUUUUAAAAAUAAGCUGAAUAUCAAAAUUGCAGUAAAUUAAAAUUUCUAAGUUAGGUCCCACAUGGACUAAAUUGUAUACUGUACCUGUACUCUGUUUUCAUUCAUAUACAUACAUAUUUGUACUUAAUUUAAAAAAAGUUUACUUAAAUUUA